GGUCUCCACUCUGGAUUUACAUACCCUUAUUUCCGUGGGACUGGGAAGCGAAAGAGGAGGGUGCUGGGUCUCUCAGGAACUGAGGAAACAACCACAAACAAGCUUAUUUAACAAAUUCACAACUUUAUAGACACCUAGUCGACCCUAAAAAUCGUCGGAAUAAGGUUAACGCUACUUUUCUGCGCUUGUUUCGGCUCUCCACGGUGCUCCCAUUGGAUUACUUUUCUAAAGUCUGGAGGAGGGCUACGAGCUUUUCGGAGAAGCCUGGAAGCAGUUUGAGGUUUGAAGGGCUGUGGCCAUGGCCGGUGGUGGUGGUGGAGGUGGAGGGAUUUCUCCUUUGGGGCCCGCUCCGCCGAUGUGGUAUCACCGGGACCUGAGUCGAGCGGCGGCUGAGGAGUUGCUUGCCCGGGCCGGGAGAGACGGCAGCUUCCUGGUGCGGGACAGCGAGAGUGUCAACGGGGCUUACGCUUUGUGUGUACUGUUUCAGAAGCACGUCCACACAUACAGAAUCCUCCCAGACGAUGAAGGAUUUCUGGCUGUUCAGACGUCUCAGGGCGUGCAGCCUAAGCGGUUUAAGACGCUACCAGAGUUGGUGUCGUUGUACCUGCAGCCCAGCCAGGGUCUGGUGACCACGCUGCUCUUCACUGUGGACCGAGAGGAGACCGCUGUCAGCGACGACAGGGACUACUCAGAUGGGGAGGAUGAGAAGCCACCCCUCCCCCCUCGCUCUGCCUCCACUUCCACUCCCCCCGGUCCUGACACGCCCACCGAGAGCACUCCAGCAGCUAAUGGCCUGAGCACCAUUUCCCACGAGUACCUGAAAGGCAGCUACGCUCUGGACCUGGAGGCAGUCAAACAGGGAGCCUCCGCUCUGCCUCACCUCAACAAGACACUAGUUGCCUCUUGCAAACGCCUUAAUGGGGAGGUGGAUAAAGUUCUGUCUGGCCUGGAGAUCCUGUCUAAAGUGUUUGAUCAGCAGAGUGCUUUCAUGGUCUCCAAGAUGAUCCAGCAGUCGGUGAAUCAGGGUGGAGACCAGGAGUUGGAGAACCUUGUGACCAAGCUAGCAAUACUCAAAGACCUGCUGUCCUCCAUAGAGAAGAAGGCUCUGAAAGCUCUCCAGGACAUGAGUCUGUCCUCUCCAUGCUCCCUUCCUCCUCUCUCCAUGCGUCACAGCAAAGCCAUCCCUGUGCAGGCUUUCGAGGUAAAGAUGGAUGUCUACCUGGCGGAGCUGACAAAGAUCGGGAAGAGUCAGAAGUACACUCUGUCUGUGGACGUGGAGGGAGGACGACUGGUGGUGAUGAAGAAGGUGAAGGACAGCCAAGAGGACUGGACCACCUUUACACAUGAAAAAAUCCGUCAGCUGAUCAAGUCUCAGCGUGUGCAGAAUAAACUGGGCAUUGUUUUUGAGAAGGAGAAGGACAAGAGCCAGAGGAAAGACUUCAUCUUUGCCAGUGCCAAGAAGCGGGAGGCAUUUUGCCAGCUGCUGCAGCUGAUGAAGAACAAACAUUCCAACCAAGACGAGCCAGACAUGAUUUCCAUCUUCAUUGGCACCUGGAAUAUGGGCUCAGUGCCUGCUCCGAAGUCUCAGGCCUCAUGGGUGUUGUGUCGCGGCCUCGGGAAGACUCUGGACGAGAUGACGGUCACCAUCCCUCAUGACCUUUACGUGUUUGGAAGCCAAGAGAACUCUGUGUGUGAUCGGGAAUGGGUGGAGUCGCUGCGUGCCUUAUUGAAAGAACAGACGGAACUGGAUUAUAAACCGAUCGCAGUGCAAACUCUGUGGAACAUUAAAAUUGCUGUGUUGGUGAAACCGGAACACGAGAACCGGAUCAGCCACGUGGGAAUGUCCAGUGUCAAGACCGGCAUCGCCAACACAUUGGGGAACAAAGGAGCUGUGGGUGUGUCCUUUAUGUUCAAUGGGACGUCUUUUGGCUUUGUGAACUGUCAUCUGACAUCAGGGAAUGAGAAAAUUGCCAGGAGGAACCAGAAUUACCUAGAUAUCCUACGCCUGCUGUCGCUAGGAGACAAACAGCUGAGCUCAUUUGACAUCUCACUGCGCUUUACACACCUCUUCUGGCUUGGAGACCUCAACUACAGGCUGGAUAUGGACAUACAGGAGAUUUUAAACUACAUUAACAGGAAGGAGUUUGAGCCCCUGCUGAAGGUAGACCAGCUCAACCUGGAGAGGGAGAAGAACAAAGUCUUUUUACGCUUUGGGGAAGAAGAGAUCUCGUUCCCCCCCACCUACCGUUACGAACGUGGCUCGAGGGACACGUAUGUGUGGCAGAAGCAGAAGGCCACUGGGAUGAGGACUAAUGUUCCGUCCUGGUGUGACAGGAUCCUGUGGAAGUCUUACCCAGAAACACACAUUGUCUGCAACUCCUAUGGAUGUACAGAUGAUAUAGUGACCAGUGAUCAUUCCCCUGUGUUUGGUACCUUCGAGGUGGGGGUGACCUCCCAGUUUGUCUCCAAGAAAGGUCUACCAAAGUCUUCAGAGCAGGCCUACAUUGAGUUUGAGAGCAUCGAGGCCAUAGUGAAAACGGCGAGCAGAACCAAGUUUUUCAUCGAAUUCUACUCCACUUGUCUGGAAGAGUUUAAGAAGAGUUAUGAGAACGACAGUCAGAGCAGCGACAACGUCAACUUCCUGCGCGUGGGCUGGUCCAACAAGCAGCUGACGACGCUCAAGCCUCUUCUCUCAGAGGUCGAAUACCUGCAGGACCAACAUCUGCUGCUCACUGUGAAAUCCCUGGACGGAUACGAGUCCUACGGAGAGUGUGUGUUGGCUCUGAAGUCUAUGAUUGGCAGCACAGCACAGCAGUUCCACACCUACCUGUCCCACCGUGGCGAGGAAACGGGAAACAUCAGGGGGUUAAUGCGGGUCAGAGUGCCGUCUGAAAGGAUGGGAACCAGGGAGAGACUCUAUGAGUGGAUCAGUGUGGACAAGGAUGAGACGGGCGCACCCAAAGGGAAAUCCACUUUGGCAUCCAGAGUGGGACAUGAAUACGUAAAGCCGUCUGCGGUCCGUAAACAGCUGGGAGAGCUGGGAAAAGUCAGUGAGGAGGGAGAAAGGAGCAUCAAGGAGGAAACUGCUGCUAGGCCUAAACAGGAAGGAACAGACGGGGAUCCAUCCGUCUGCAAGAACAGCUACAAUAAUCCCGCUUACUACAUCCUGGAGGGCGUUCCUAAUCAGUCGGCCGCUGCUCUUUCAGCCGAGCUCCUUCCAUCUCCUACCUCCUCAAACCCCCAGGUGACUAAAGCCCCUCUUGCCUCAGCUGGAGCUCGAACCAAACCCCCCUUUGUGGCCUCAGGGCCCUCCCACACACGCAGACCCACUACGGGGCACCCGGUCCGCGCUAUAAGCGAGGAGGGAUCAUCAGAGGACGAUGGAGGCGCCGGUGUAGCAGGAGUGCAGGUGGUGAAUGUGGGGACAACAGUUGGAAGCACGCUGAAUCGCCCCCCUCCUGACUUCCCCCCUCCUCCUCUCCCAAAGGGGGCCCUAGAGAUGGUGGCAGAGACUCCCUUCUCCAAACCUCGCGCUCUUUACCCAGAUCUAGCCGAGGUCAGGAUCCCAGCAGCCAGUUCUGCUGCACCGCUGGCACUCGGGGAGGGAUUUAGACGAGGAGGUGGGGGAGGAGGAGGAGGAGGAGGUUCGGGGGCAUUGGACGACCAGUCAUGUUCUGUGCUCCAGAUGGCAAAGACACUGAGUGAGAGUGAGUUUUCUGGACACCCUCAACGCGCUCCGUCUGCGCCGCCGCUUAGAGGGCAUCCAAUGGGAUUAAAUCUGGACGCCUGCAGAACUUUCCCGCCCAGGAACGCCAUCACAGAGAGUAUCGCAGAGGACAUGCCCGAGGAGGCACUUUGGGGAAGCAGUAGCUCGUCUUUGUCUGUCGGGGAAUCCUCAGUGGGGGAGUGGCUGCAGAGACUGGGACUAGAGAGGUAUGAAAAGGGCCUCCUACACAACGGCUGGGACGACCUGGAGUUCCUCAGUGAUAUCACUGAGGAGGACCUGGAGGAGGCGGGAGUGCUCGACCCCGCCCACAAGCGAAUCCUGCUGGAGAGCCUGAGGCAGCAGCAGCAGCCUCCCAAAUAAACUGUUUCAAUCCGGCCCCGGGUCCCAGGAGGCUCAGCUGAACUGAACUGAACUGAGCUAGAAUGUGCCAAUUAAUGCCAGACUGUGCCUUCUGAGAGAAAUUGCACUCCCGUUUGAAAUUGAAAAAAAACACUUGUAGAGUUACCAUCUUGUUUUCUAGAUGAACUGUAUGUGUGUCGUCGUAGAGGUGGCCUUAUUUAAUGAGAAUCAUUUCAGUCCUUCCAGUGUCACUACAUAACCCUCUUCUUGAAACCUCGUGAGAAGAUUCAGGAUGUGAAAAUAAAAUGUUUUUAAUGACUCACAUGUAGAGCAGCUGUUGCCUAUGGUGCCAUCAAUUCUAACCUGCAGCUAAAGCUGGUUUGUUUUGCCCUGAGAAACUUUAACUUAAAGAGGGACUGAGUUUAAGACUGCCUUGAUAUUGGAAAGGAAGAAAACCAGAGCUUUUUUCCCCUCACUAACGGUCUUAUUUGGAGAAACUAUGGGAAAAUUGUGAGGUAGCAAUCAAGGGUAAUGUUGACGUUUAGCUCGGGCAAAGGAGCACUUUGCUUCUGUGAUGGAGGCGGACAGGAAGUGGUGACAAAGAAGGAGCUAGCCUUCACUCAUGUCAGACUAAAGCUCGCUCAACUAUCUCAAAUGUUGUACUUUUGUGUUGAUGUUUGGGCCAUUGUUGUUUGAAUAUGGCAUUUAUUGUCUCAGUGUCCCUGCAUGUAUUUAUGGUUUUAUGUUUUUUUUUUGUGUUUAAUGAUAAAGGGAAUAUGGAGCAAACCAACCAAACCGGUCCUGGUAGAGCUAAAACGUUAUAUUUCACCGGGGUACAACAUUUAAGGUCAUGUGUUAGCCAUUAGCCCCCCCAGUGUGUGCUUUGUUCACACUCAACACUGACAUUUCAUCUUUUCUAUUUGAAAUGUGCAGGUUUUGACAAGUUUAGAAUCGGUGUUCGUUUGAUCAUCUAAAAAAUCUACUUAAUAGGGCUACAAAAUCACAAGUGUACAUGAGGAAAUAAAUGUUGUACCAAAAUGAAAUAUCACUUAAAAUGCUUUACCUAGCACAUUUCAUGCUCACAUUUACCUAGCACAUUUCAUGCUCACAUUUACCUAGCACAUUUCAUGCUCACACUUUAACUGUUUGUACAUUUUAAUUAACAGAAGAAGACAGAUGUUGUUUUGGAAACUAAUGCCCCAGGUUUGAAGGGCUAAAUGUCACAUCUUUCACUCAUUUCAUUUUUUUAAUGGAGCAGUUUUCAGGGAAUCGGUUACCUUAGCGAAAAUAGAUUACUUCUAACUAAUAAGGAUAAUUAUACAGAAUAUUAACCAAGCAAUCAUAUUUGUAUUUUUAAAAAGGAAAAUAUUCACCAAACAUAUAAUGCCUGUAAUACAGUCUAAAGAUUUUUAAAAUUUUGCUUAUUUUAUUUGGCUCUUUUGUUGGAUUACUACAAACACACACUAGUUCAGGGUCAUUAGAUAUUUUUUGUACUGUUGGGAGGAGAUUUCACCUCUCAUUAUACAUUAAAAACAGAAUUGUCUGAUUACGACAUGACGUAGGUGGCUGCUGUUGUUCCCUUAUGUGCCCAGCAGGUGGUGCUGCUACUCUAUAAACACCAUCAGUAGGUCUGAAGCUUACUGUGGAAACUUUGGGAAAAUAACACAGAACUAAGUCAUCUUCAGUGAAUGGCGUUUGUUUGUUUAGAAAUGUUUCCUGUGCAGUUACAAUCAUAGAGCUAACAUACCAGUUAGUGUUCACUUUGCCUUGUUUUGUUCUUAAUUUAAAUCCUGCCUCUUUUCUUCCUGUGAAGCCAGUUUAUAGUUGUUUUAAGAGAUGCUGAGAACUCUAAACUCUUUUUGCCUAACUAGGACUAAAUAUGUGAUUGUAGCAGUUUGUAUUCAUGUCUGUUCCUCCUAUUUCUUUGUAACCCAAAGACAUCCUUUAAUUAUGUUGCCCACAUACAGCCGUCAAGUCUCAGCCAUGGGUUUGUGUUACGUGUUGAACAAUUUGUCUAAUUUUCUAACAGUCAAACAACCGCAAUGCAGACAAUAUGGUUUAGUCUUGUUAGAUCUGAUUUCUUUUCAACCCCUUUGGCCUCAGUGUUCUCCGUUAUGUGUGAGGGUGUGUUUGCGUGUGUGUUUGUAUUUGCGUAUGAGUGAAAAAGACACCCCAUUGUUUUCUCUGACUCACUUUAUCUUGUUCCUUCAUGUAGUUGCCUCUUUUUUUUAUGUUAAGUUAAUGUUUUGUUUGCCUAUGUCUUUCUUUUUCAAUUAAAAUAUAAUAUCUUUA